AGCACGCUCCAUUGUUCCAUCAGCCCGUUUGUUCGCUUGGUUUCCUAAGCACAAACAAAAUUUUCCUGCCAUCCUGGGCAAUAUUGGCCUCCUCUGUGCUUUGACAACCCGAAAAAUUGGAUUCUCUGACUUUUUCUAAGGGAAAUAAUAAGAUAAAGUCAGUGUAUUUUAGCAGGAUGUACAGCUUCAUGGGAGGUGGGUUGUUCUGUGCCGGAGUUGGGAACAUACUCCUCAUUGUCUCCACGGCAACAGACUAUUGGAUGCAGUAUCGUCACUCCAGCAAUUACAUGCACCAGGGUCUGUGGCGCUACUGUGUGCCUGGGAAAUGCAUGACACACACAGACAGCAUCGCUUACUGGGAUGCCACUCGGGCCUUCAUGAUACUCUCCCUGCUGGCUUGUUUCAUUGGCAUCGUGAUUGGCAUCAUGGCUUUCAUCCACUAUUCCUCCUUUGAUGGGUUUGACAAGACAUUUGCAGCCGGCAUCCUCUUCUUCAUCUCCUGCUUCUUUGUGUUGCUGGCGAUGGCCGUGUACACCGGGGUGACGGUGAACUACUACGGUAAACGCUACAGCAGCUGGAGAUUCUCCUGGUCCUAUAUAAUGGGCUGGGUGGCAGUGGUGCUCACGUUCUUCUCAGGUAUCUUCUACAUGUGUGCCUACCGGAUGCAUGAAUGCCCAAGAAACUCAAACUCACGCUGACCUGCUAAAUACUUCAACCUACAUGUACCAGCACCGGUCCAGAACAUAUGGCUAAUAGGAAGAAACACCAGCGUGAACUUGUCAACCAGUUCUCUUGGAUAUUCAUGAACGAGCAAAACGAGCAAAAAUAAAUAAUAAACACGCA